GUUUAGUUAUUGAAGCAAUGGCACUUCAUGAAAUGAACAUCAUACUACAAUUACUUAGUAGAGAGGUGCGCGUCGCUCGAUAGUGCGUGCUGCUACCUGGCUGCACGGAACGCCACGCGCCAGUCAGCCUUUCCUACAUACAGGUAAGAAAAGCGCGGUGGAGUCGCGAGCAGCCUGUGAAGGGAACUGAUCCGUGAUCGCUGUUCUGAGUAUUCAGACUGAGGCCGAGUAUGUACACUGUGUGCCAUGAAGGCGUGUUCAGUGUUGUCUGAAUCGUGAUUCCAGAAAUUUGUAGUGCCCGUAGCUGCAUUCCACUUCAAUUGGAAAGUCUCCGAAAGGAAUAGAUCAGCAGUGCGUUUCAGCCCAGGUCCUGGACAUCCGAACGCAGAAAACCAGUGCAGUACUAUUAUUACAUACUGGCGUGUCUGAACAGUGAACUGUGUGAUUGUAGGUGUGCAUGUAGAUCUACAUGGAGUGAAAUGGCAAAGCCAGUGGUAUUUGUGACCGGGGCAAGCGGUCAAGUUGGACUCGCCACAGCAACGGCUCUAUCGCAGAGAUACGGCAAGGAGGUAACGAUCCUGGCUGGUACGAGGAGCCCGGAGAGAGCAGAGGACCUCAAGGCGCUGGACGAUGUCAGCAUUGUCAAAGCGGAGAUGGGUGAUCCAAACAUGGAGCGUGCUCUAACAGGCGUGGAUUGCCUUUACAUCAUUGCGCCUGCGGUGGAGAAUAGGGCUGAACUGGUUAGGAAGACUGUCGAUGCAGCCGGCGCUGCAGGCGUCGGUUUCAUUCUGGCACUGAGCAUCUGCACGGCAGAUUGUCCCGAGACGAUAUUUGGCAAGCACUUUUCCGACAUAGAGAAUCACGUGCGGGCAGCCGGCGUGCCGUACACGUUUCUGCGCUUGCCAGCGUUCUACGAGAACAUCUGGGCACACCAGAAAACCAUCAUGGGUCAGCGAGUGUUCUACGGCCCAGUGGGAGCGGACAAGCAGUUCACGCUGGUUGCCGUCAGGGAUGCGGGCGUUGCGGCCGCUGCGAUUCUGAGACGUCCGUCCGUGCACCUCGGCAAGACCUACAACAUUGUCAGUGACCGCCACUCCAACGCAGACUUGGCGCAGGACUUCACCACAGCCCUGGGAAAAAAAGUCAAGUACAUUCAGAUCUCGUACGGGCAGAUAAAACCGCUGUUCAAACACGCCAGUAAAUUGCCCAAAUGGCAGCUGAAUGGCAUUCUGGAACUGGCUCGGCUUGCGGACGAUGAGGAGCCGGCUGUAAAUCAAGAGGAUCUUUCGGACUUUGAGACAAUCACAGGGGAGACACCUACCAGCCUGGCCGCGUGGGUUGCGGUCGUUGCAGGCGCUUUCAAGCUACGCGUAAGCUAGAGGUGAUAACCUGUCCGAGACCCAUCAAAUUAUGACCUUUCUGUUUUCUGGUAUCAUGGCGUACAACAAUGACUAUUGCCGGACAGCGUGCGCUGACCUUGAAGUUUGAAGUUGAAAAGAAGCCCGGCUCACUAUACAAUCUGUUGUGGCCUUGAUGAUGAUAUGACUUGACUGACGUAUGAUCGAAGUAAUGCUAUUGUACGCAGCUCUUCUGCACACCAUGCUGCGAAUUUGAGACUGAAAUGCAGAGAUGUAUACUGCACCAAUUACCAUGGUCCGUUCCACCCCCUUUUACAUUAACUACGACAUACAUGUAGCUCUUUAUCCACAUGUCCGUUGCGUGUCUGUUGCUUUUGACUGGCUAUCGACAUCCUCUUUCUUCACGGAGUUGUUGUUGCUGUGUUGCUUUUGCUACUCUUUCGUGUUCCCCGCUAACCUUUACUUACUGAAGUAUAUUUAUCGCCGUGGUUGGCUAUCUAUCACCCACUCUCUUCACAUUGGCCAGUGCUUCCACUGAGCUUUGAGAUGUUCUAAUAAAUAACAUGAAUGGUUACCUGCA